AUGUUUCAUUUGGGAUCAUUCGAAAGUUCAUUAAGAAACAGCGAUGGUGGAAAAAAAUAUUCGAUGAAAAAGCGAAAGGAAACGAAAACGAAAUAUUACGAGUGCAAAGGACCGAACAAAAGGUGCGAGGAAACGGAUAAAAGCAAUAAAAAGGAUUCGAACAAAAAGAAAAAGGUUCGGAGUGAAAGCGUUCUCAAAAGCGACGAAUCUUUGACGGAUUCUGCUGUAGAAAUUUCGGAUCACGUUCCUCGGGAAUCUAGUCGAGAAACUUCGGUCGAUGACGGUUCGACGGGAUUGAGCGAAUCCGAUAAUGAAAAAUUAAGAAUCGUUGAUUGUGAUAAUUAUGAUAGCACGAGAAAAAAACGUCGGAACGGUGAUAAUAAAUUGAUUACAUCCUUUGAAAAUGUUUUACAAAAAAGGGUUAAAUUAGUUAGAAGUCGGAGUUGGAACGGAAUUUCGUCGAACGAUAUGAAAACUCGUAAAACAUUAAAAAUUCGGGGUCCUUUAGGCUCUCUAGUCGAUUUAUCAAAGUCUACUACACUCGAUGGUCGUGGUAGUAGUCCGUCCGAUUCGUUAUUAGAUUUAAAAUCGAUUGUCGAACAAUCGAAUUGUCCGAUUGUCAAAGUCGUGGUCAAAGAAUUGUCUGACGCGAGUGAAGUUUUCAAAAGAAAAAAAACACAAGACGAGGGUAAAACGGAUGAAAAAUUAUUCGAUGCCAUCGACACGUUGUCGAAGAGAAUGUGCGACACCGUUCACGCUCGUCGGGAUGCUUUCGAAAAUUUACAAUUGGAAGAAUUUGAAAAUGAGGAAGUAUCGAAAUUGUUCGAGAAAUAUUUCGAAAACGUGAAAGAUGGGGAAAAAAUAGACUCGAGAGAAGCGAUUGAAGAUUUAAUCGAGAGUCUCAAUUGUUUGGAUUCGCGGAAAAUUCCGACGACGAUGAAAAAUCGAAAGGGUAGUAAAAUAUCGAUAAAAGAUAAGAAGAAAAAUUGUACGGAUGCAGAAGUCAUAUCGAGAUUGUGCAGGAGUCAUUUGAAAGAUGAAGAAAUCAUUAAAAAUAUUUUACCCAACAAAAAGGAGAUGAUAAUGAUAAAAAAAUCUAAGAAAACGGCAGAAUUGGAAAGAAAAUGGAUUCCGGGUGGAAUUUCGAAAAGGUUACCCGUUUUAGAAACGAUGGAAACCAUCAAAUCGGGGAGUAAACCUUUGACCAAUCAAAAUCCCGCCAACGUUUUGUCGAAACCGGAAACGCACAAGUUUCCCGCGGAUGGAACACCUUCGGGAAAAUUAUCCGAGCCGGAUAAAAGGGCAAAAUGUUCGCAGGAAAAAUCAGAGAUUAAAAAAAAAGAAUUUGUCGAACAUAAUGCGAAGUCGUGGAAGGACAAAGGUUCGGAAAUGAAAAUCGUCGAUUCGAAUGAAAAAGUUGACGUACCUGAAAAAUCAAACGACCAAAAUAAUAAAAAAUCAUCGUCUAAAGUCGAUAAUUUAAAAACGACAAAUAAACUAAAAGAAAAAUUGAAUAGAUUUUCGUCGGAAAAUGAUUUCGUUGGAAAAAAUAAAACGUCAAAUUGCGGAAAUAAAAAUGGCGGCGGCAGCAGUCACAACAACAACAGAACAAUAUUGAAAGGUUUAAAACCGAGUUCGGAAAAGGAAAAAAUUCAUUUGAGAAUCGAAGAAAAUUUUACGAACGGAUUGAAAGAAUGUGUGGAAUUUUCCAAACAUCCGGGAGGAGGGAAACCGGAAACGGAUGAUGAAUCAAAAACAAAUGAGAAAAUGGGAAAAGUUAAAAAAUUGAUAUCGAAUUUUGAAAGUUCGAUUCGAUUCGAUGAUUUACAACCGGAAACGAAUAAAAAUAAAAAUUUAAAAUCCGACGAUUCGAAUAAUAAUAAUAAUAAGACCGGAUGA